AUGUCCAAGUGGAUUCCUGUGAACAAGUAUGGAAUUGUCGUUGAACCAUUCAUCAGACAACAUCCUCUUCAUCUCGAUCUCAAUGUUGGCGAUUUGGUGUACAUUCGAUCAGAAAAAGAUGGAUGGGCCAAAGGAAGUGUCUUUCGAAAUCGUUACAUUGCCAAAUUAUUGGCAUCACUGAAUAUGCAAAAUUCUUCACAAGCACAACAAAUGUCCUCUUCCAACAAUACCUCUUCUGCCAUCUCUUCAACCUCUACGGCACAAUCCAACAACAGCAACAACACCAAUGCAUCGUCCAACACAUCUUCAGCAGCAGGUUUGACCGCCACGAGUGCAUCCUCGUCGGCCUCCACAUCUAAUCUCUCGAGUUCUAAUCUCUCGAACCCCAACAAUGCAGGAGGAGGAGGAGGAUCUGGAGGAGGAAUGAACGCUCUCCAACUCGGUUCUGCUGCUGCUGCAUCUUUGAACAAUAACAACAACCCCAAUUCGGGAAUGGAUUCUUUGAAUUCACUCACGACAGGUGUUCCAAGUGGAGGACUCUCAAUGGACGACAUGCAAACAGGUGGAGCCAAUUUAUUGACCGACAUUAAGACUGCUCUCGAUUUCAAUGUGAGUGGAAUCUCCAUCUUUCCCAUUCCCAAAGGCUUCUUCCCAUUGAGUGCCAUCAAACGCAUCGAAGAAAAGAAAGCCUUAAAAUUGGGUGAGAAAAAUGCGACCACUUCAUCGGAUAAAGUCUCCUCCAUGAUGAUCGGAAGAGAGAAUAAAUCGGGUACAGACUCGAUUGCUCCAUUGUCUGCUCUCGGAGGUGUUUUGAGAUCCAACCCCAAGAUGAACUUUUCUGAAGAGGUGGACGGUAAUGAAUUUGCAGAGAGCAAGUAUGGCUUCUUCGAUGAAAAGGACUUUGAAAUUGAACAUUGUUUUAAUAUCUUUUUGGUAACUGAAGAAUGGCUCUCUUUCUUUGAUGGAUCUAAAGAGAGAAUGGAUAUUGUAGAUCGUGAUCAAUUUGAAAGAAUUUAUGAUAUUCUCUCAAAAUUAUUCUUUGAUUUGCAAGAAUAUAAAAAGGCUUUUGAUCUCAGAAAGAGAUUGAAAGAAGCCCUAGUAUCUCCAAAUGAUGGGUUGAUCAAAACUGAAAACAAAUUGCUCAAGCUUCAAAACAAUGUAAUUAAGCUUGUUGAAGAGGGUUGUAAUGCUCUCUUGUAUGAUAUCAUUGUGAGAAAGAAGGGUAAAGUUUUGGAUGAAAUCUUGCAAACCGAUGCCAAUGUCGACAAGAAUGCAUUGUCAUUGGGAGAAAAUGGAGAAAAUGCAUUUGCUCUUCCACCUCCAUCGCAAACAGUCGCCGAUAUUGUGAACUAUAUGAUUCAAAACGAAAUUUCCUCGACCGCUCUCUCUUCUUCAUCAACAGUAACUACCAUUGUUAAACUCUAUAGAUCCUAUGUCCAAACAUUGGAACGUGAAAUUGAUGCAAUGAAAGAGCGAAGACAAAAGAGAUUAAAAAAUCAUAACAAGAGAGAAGCAGGUGGUAGAGGUGGUGCUCUUGGAAGAUUGGGUUUACCUUUCCAUUUACCUGAUUUUGAUACUGAACCAGCGCAUGCUCUUGGAAGUGAUGAUACCAAACAAUUCUAUCACUUACCAGAAGGUAACACUCAAUUAUUACUCGCUCUUGAUUUUUGUCAAAUUGACACGGAGUAUGCAAUUGAAAUGGAUCUUUCAUUGUAUAGUAAGAAAUCAGAGCAAUUUGUGAGUGAACCAUUCAUGGUUCCUUUAUUGACUCCAUCAGAGAGAAAACUUGGUAAAAUUCCUGCAGAGACCAAAGAAGGUUUCUCUGAGAGAAGAUGUAUCAUCAAAGAUAUUACCAGCAAUGACAUUAAGGAGGAUUUGUACAUUGUCGCUAAGUUUUAUAGAGUUGGACCUGUACUUUUAGAAGAAAAAGCUAAAAAGAAAGAUAAGGACACACCAAACACCGAUACUGUCGAUGUCAAGAGACCCAUUUGGGUCGGUAUUGCGGAUGUGAAUCCAACAGUGAUUAACAACAUUGUGAGUGGUGAGACUGCUCUCUUUGAGAAUCUUUCUGUGUAUCAAACAGCAAAGGAAGAAAACUUUUAUGCGCUCCAUCAGACGCUCAUCAAACUUGCCAACGAGCAUGCAGGUCAAAUUCCCAAUGAACUUCCAAGAGAUAUUUCCAAAGUUUCAGAUUCACUCAUUCGAUUCGGACUCUCUCUCAAUAUGCUCAUUGGUGAAUACGAAGAAGUGGUCUUCUCAAAGGAUAACCUUCGAUCCAAACCAGUCGUUCAAAUGCUCAAAUUCCCUAGUGCAGUCUCUCCUGGUGAUCGUCGUAAUGAUAUUUACAUUACUCUUGAAGGAUUGGUGGCCAAUGCCAAAGAAUACAAGAAUGUCUUGGUAGAGGUUGAGUUGUAUCAGGCAACCAUUUCAACCGCUAAAAAUCCACCUUCAAUUCCUGCUGAAGUGAAACCCAUGAUUCCACUCAACAAUAACCUUGCUCAGGACUACAAUAGUGGUAAUUUACCCUCUUCAGUUCCAAAUCACAAGAGAAAGGUAUUCAGCUCAAUUGUAUUGUAUCACAUCAAGAAUCCUAAAUGGAAAGACUCAUUUAGAAUGAGUGUUGAACCUGAUCUCAUUGAUCGAUCCAUUGUUGUGUUCAAGAUUUAUAAUUGCAGAUCGAGACACUCGACUAAAGAAUUGAUUGGAUUUGCUUAUUGGAAGAUGACCAAUUCAACAGGAUUGUUGGAUGUCACAUGUAAGAGUGAACAAGACGCGAAUAGUGGAGCAAACUUUAAUGACAACAACAAACAGCCUGUAGUCGAAGUGAAUAUUUAUAAGGUCACCAAGAAAUUCAAAGGAGGAGAUUUUUCAGGUAUUUUUGAUUUUCAUAAGAAUCCUGAAGAACGAGAAACUCAUAGAACGAAGGGACAAAAACUUGUUGUUUCGUUCAAUGUUGUGAGUACAAGAAUUACUCAAAAUCCCGACAUGAAGAAUUUGUUAGACUGGAAGACCCAAACAAGUGUUUCUGAUGUUGUCAAUCAAUUCACCUUCAACAUGGGAGAUGUGAUGGGUAUUGCCAUUUUCAUUAGAGAAAUCUUUGGUGCGCUUUUUGAUAUUUUGAGCGCGAGUGAAGACAAGGCUAAUGUUCCUGAGAAGAUUUUCGAAGUGACUUACAAGGCCAUUAACAACAUUUUGUCUCAAAAACAAUUUUGGCCUUUCUUGCGUGUGAUUGAUGAGUACAUUACCAACUACUUCCAAUCUGUCAAUGCUUACAAAUGGCUCUUGAAAUUCCUCAUUUCAGAUCUCUGUAAAAUUCAAUCGAGAAAGGAAGAUGAAAUUCUCAGAGAAGAUCCCUAUGAUAAGUUGAUGCCAUUCGAAUUGGAACAAGAAAAUGGUACCAUGAAUUCUGAAAAUGGUUCUUCCACUCCAACAAGUACACCCAACUCUACUACAAACGCCAUUUCUUCGAGAAUUCUUGAAGAGACUCAAGUUCCUGCGGCUUCUCUUGCUAAAAUUGUUCCUGUUCUCUCUCAAUCUAUUAAGUGUAUUGACUAUUGGGCCAAGUUUAUUGUUAAAUCUCGAGAGAAUUAUAUUGAAAGAUAUGGACAAACUGAAAAGGAUGAAAAAGAUUUUGAAAGACAAGUUUCCAUUCUCAUGAAAUUGAUUACAGUUUUAUUACAGCACCCACAAAAUGCAAUGCUUGGUGUGAAGGCCAACUUUUUGAAAUUUUUCAGUUCCUCAUUCUUUGAUGAAGUGAAUCGAGUAUUUAAGGAUGAUAAAAAGAUGGGUCGUGCAGUGGUUGAUUUCAUUCUCGCCAUGAAUAAUUGUUCAGCAGCAGUUGACUCUACAGGUAAAACAGAUACAAAGAAAUCAAAAGAACAAAAGACCUAUUCGAAUCGAAUGUUGGCUCUGAGUUGUGUGUUAAAGUCCACAGUGUUCAAUCGUGAUGGUUGCCGUAAAGUGGUACUUCCCUAUGUGAUUGAUGUCAUUCGUGAUGGUAUUCUCGAAACAAAUGGAGGCGAUCUUGAAUCUGGAAUUUUACUUCUCAAUGAACUGUUACACGCCACUCAAAAGUUAAUGCUUGAAGCCAAUCGAAAACAAUUAUUGAUAUUCAAUCAAGAACACAAUUUGAGUGCUUCAACACCAACCUCAUUCAUCAAGAGUAUGACUGAAAAUUAUAACUCUCCAAAUUAUUCCUUCCAAAAGAAGAGAAAGACCAUUUCCGCAUCAUGGAUGAAGGCUAAUGUUCCACAAGAAGGAGAAAACUUUACAGAUGGACUCGUAAAGACCAUUUAUGAAAUUUAUCAACUCUUCCAAACGAUCAAAGAUAGAUACGAAUUGCUCACCUCUGAAUCACAAGUAUUGAAGAAGGAAAUUGAUGACAAGACUAGACUCUUAUUAGAAUCUCAAAAUGAAUCGGAUCAAUCCAAACAAGCAGCUCGAAGAGGAGGAGGUGGUGUUACACGAACCAAUGUGAACCAGGGAGCUCUACAGAAAGAAAUUGAUGACAAACAAAAAUCUCUCGAUACCAUUGAAAACAAUAGAAGAGAUUUAAUGUGUUCCAUUAUCAGUUUUGUGAAAAUGUACAGUGGAAGCUCUGUCUUGUUACUUUCACAUUUAAUCCAAGAUGAACAUGUUGCUACUGGUUUAUCUCAACAAACGGUGAAGAAUAUUUUAUAUCUUCAUGAAUUGAUUACUGGUAAGAACAACAACAUUCCUCGUGAGUGGAUUGGUUUCCGUCUCUUCAUGUACAAUACUCUCUUUAGAUCUCUUGUUUCCACUUGUAAUGUUUUGUUGUAUCAUUUCACGAGCUACAAGAAUAGUUUGACGAAUAUUGUGAAUAAUAUUAAUGACGAUGGAGAAACUGCCGAGAGUGUUCCAUCCGAGUUUAAGGAAUUGUGGGACCUUCUUUUCAAACAUUGUUUCAGCUUCAUUAAUUGGAUGGAAGUUGAAAAGAUGAGAACCUAUGAGAGAAUCAAAAUACAAUCUCGUCAUGAAGAUUAUCGUUUCCUUCUCCUUCAUCACUUGUAUGAAAAGGUCUACAAACACGAGAACAUGAAGAAGGAUAUCAAAUUAAUCUUUGUACCCAAACUUGUUCACCAAAUUAUGAGUCUCUUCAAUAUUGAUAAUCGAUUGUUGCAUGAUCCAGCCAUCAAACUCUACUAUGCUCUUCUCGAAACUGAAUUUGAGAAUCACAAACGAUUGGCACAAUGCGAAGCUGUGACUCAGAGUCGAGUUGUUCGUUCCAAGAUUGGAAGUCUUUUCAAAGAAAAUUUCACAGACAAGUUAAAGACCAUGUUCCAAGAAAAUCUUUCCUCUUCCAAUGCUCAAAAAGAAGAACUUGGAAAGGAAGGAAUGUUAUUAUUGAAUCGUUUAGAGACUUUGAUUUCUCAAGUCGAACAAAUUCAAACCUAUGAAGAUAAGGAUGAACAUAAAUUCUGUGAAGCUUGUAUUGAUGUCAUGAGAUCAUUCAAAGUCAAUCACAAUUAUGAUCUCUAUUAUCAAUAUGUGGACAAAUUGAGCGCUGUUCAUGAAAGAAAUGGUAACUUUAUUGAAGCAGCACUUGUCCUGUAUAAACAUGCCAAACGACUUCAAUGGAAUGAUGAACGUAAAUUGCCCUAUCAUUCCGAUGAAUAUCCAGAACAAUCUGAGGCUGAACGUAAAAUUAAACUCUAUGAAAAGAUGAUUGAUUUAUUGGAUAAGGGUAAAGAUUGGGAGAGAGCUAUCGAACUUUCACGACAACUUCGAAAUUAUUACUUGCAUAAUUACAAGUAUGCCAAGACUCAGAAUUUAUUGAAACGUGAAGGUGAAUUUUAUAAUCUCAUCAUGACCAAGAGACGUUUCUUUGCCUCUUAUUAUUAUGUGAAUUUUAUGGGUAAAGGAUUCCUUAAAAUGGGUUUACAAGGUCCAUACAUUUACAAGAGUGUGGAGGGUGAAAACUUUAUGGACUUUUUGAAUGGCCUCAAAGACAAGUAUCAAGCUCAACUCUUCCAAAAGGUACCAGCUGAUCCUGAACAAUAUAGAAAUCAAGAAGGAAGAUAUUUUGUUGCUUUCCACGUCGAUCAAAGCUCUGAAACUGAAUGGGAAAAUAUUUUCAUGCAUCGAGAUAAGAGAAUUUCACCCAAGAUUUUAUGUUAUCGAAAACUUCACAAUGUCAAUUAUUUCAAAUCUGAAUCAAGAUAUAGAGAAUCCAAAGAAAAGACAAACAAUGAAUAUAAGGACAUGCACAGAGAAAUUACUUUUUAUAUUACACCUAAAAAGUUCCCAACCAUUUGUAGACGUCAGAGAGUUCUUGUUGGAGAUGCCUUAAAGAUUUAUGAAGAAAAAUUAUUGAAGGGUGAAAAGUUGAAAUAUAAGGAUUAUUCUUCAUGCAUUGAUCUCAACAAAAUAUCCUAUAUUGCCAAUGACAAAUUAUUGCAUUUGUGUCCUCUUGAAAAUGCUAUCAAAGAUAUUGAAGAUAAGGUCAAUGAAUUGGAAGAACUUGUCAUUAAUCACCAUCUUGAUCAACAACCAGAUACAAAUGCUCUUUCCAUGUCUCUGAAUGGUACUAUCGAUGCUGCUGUGAAUGGUGGUCAAGACAAGUAUAUUUCUGCAUUCUUUACGGAACAAUAUGUGAAUACUCAUCCUGAACAUGAUCACUUGUUGAAACGAUUUAAAGUUGCUCUUCAAAAUCAAAUAUUUAUUUUGGAGGAAGGUUUGAGACAACGAAGACUUUUUGUUGAAGGAAAGGCACUUGCUUUGAACGAUUAUUUAGAAACUCGUUUGCAAGAGAUGAAAAAGAAACUUGAAGAAUUGCUUUUCAAGUAA